CAAAGUUACAAGGUCGGCGGAGUUCAGCGUAACUCCAGAGUGCAUCUUUAGAGCUAAGGUCGCUGACAGUGUUGGAAAAACGCCUUAGAGAUUAUUUUUCCCCGUCUGUGUGAUCAUUUGUAUCUAAGCCAAGAUGACAAGUGAACGCAUCGUAAUCCACGACCCCUUGUCCCACCCUAACGGCCUCUCUGAUGGCCCCACAUCAGCCUCGGACGUGGAGAACAUGGAGGAAACGGUGGAGUUCAGAGUCAUGAUGGCCUACGCGACGAGGAGGAGGAGACAACUGAACAAGAAGGAUGACUCAAACGCACAGACAAGCCCGGCUGCAAAAAGUGGUGAAGACGAUGCAGAUGGAGAUGUGAAAACUCCAUCAAACACACUGAUCCACGAUGAGAACAAGGAAAACAGGAAGAAGGGGGCGAAGAAGAAGAAGAAGAAGGUACUGAAACACCUGUCAAAAUUUUUCAGCUGCACCAGGUCUCAGACUAAGGAUGAAGAAGUCGAAGAGCAGCAGCUACCGCAGGACCCGGCUGGUGACGUCAGCGACAGGUGUUUCCAUUCUACAGACGAGCCUGAAAAGAAGGACGAGGAGGAGGAGAAGGCGGAAGAGGUCGCAUUAAGGCUGACGGAGCUUGCCGACGAGAUCCGGUUAACUCCUCCAGAAAUCGAGACUGAUGGGGAAGGUGAUGAGUUGGAGAAGAUAAUUGGUCUGCUGCUGAGAGACACUGGAGACAGGUGGAACGAGAAGGUGCUGAAAGAUGUCGACAUAAAAGCAGAACUGUUCUGGGACUACAGUUUCUUUUGGAGGUUAAUAAAUACCUUCCUUACACGAGUGGGCCUCAGGACCUCCAACCCCAACUCUCCAGGGCCGCAGGCGUCGCCAAAAACACAGAUGGCUGUUAUGUGUGAGGUCACCGCUCGUCUGUCAUCAGUGGAAACGUUGCCUGCAAACCGCCUGCUGAACCACGGAGCUCGAUACAUGCAGGAUAAUUUUUCAUCCUGGGUGCAGGAACAAGGAGGAUAUGAGGCAGCAUUUGAGGAGACUGAGGAAGUCGACUGAAUAGAAAGGGAGUGGGUUUUCGAGCCCCCCCCGGCUCUCCCUGCAGCCCAAAGCCUGCACCUCUCUGUGGCUUCAGGAGCUAUAACAUGAACAAUGAACCCUCUCAGAAGCUGUAGAGGGCAAAAUGAGUUUACAUGAAAUGCAAAACAGUUUCUCUCUGAUCAUUUAACAGUUUUUACAUUUGUAACAAUUUCAGUGACUGAGCCAAAGAAGAAAGAAUUUAUGUGGCAUUUUUGAUAGUGUUAUUCUGUAUUCCUGUGUAAAUCUAUUAUAUUUUUGUCAUACGUUGUUAUAUUCAUUACUUUGUGAUCUGAUGUAACGACACACAUUAAAAAAAAAUGCUUUUUUUUUAUAAACAGAGCACUUGCACUUUCCCUUUAAAAAUAAGCGGAACAACAUUUCUGAUGCCAUUUAUUUUCUUUUUUACUGUUAAAUAGUUUCUUUAAGCUAACAAAGUAUAUCUCAUGUUUAUGUAAUGUAGUAGUUUACACAUUUUGCCAAACAAGCAAAAAGAUCCCUGUUUGAUCUCAGGAGGAGACACAAAUCCCUUUGGAGCCGAGUCGAGACGUAAAACUCUGCUCACUGUGGCGCCCCCUUGUGAAUAAGGGAGCAACCGAAAAAAAGGCUUUAAAUCUGUGUUGUGUAAUUAUGUUUUCAGCAUGUAAAAUUAAUGUAACUUAAAAAGGUUAGGUUCAGUUUGAUUAAAAUCACUCUUGGUUCA